CGAAUGACGAAGGUCUAAAGAAGCGGAUUUCGGGAGGAGAACCACGAAAGCGCACGAUGACGCAUGGGACCUGAAUCAGUAUAGGCAUGCGCACAAAGACCAUUGUACCGUACAAUGCCCUCCCACAAAGGUGUGUCUUGCCCCGUGUUCUUUGUCCGAGCUUGGUCUCAUACUUCUUGCCCAUUCAGCAGACAAGACACUUCUGCAAGACAUCCGCCACUCAACGCUUCAUAUCCAUCUACCCGUGUCUUACGCUUGUUGAGUCAUUCUCUCGUUUCUUUCUAGAUAUAAACCUUCGCUUCCGAUCCGUCCUCCAGCCAGAGAACACUCGAAUCAUGCCUCUGAUGACUAGCUCCCCGUGGGCUUCACUGCUGGCCGGCACCGCAAUCUUCAUCGCACUAGCUGCAGUCGUCCGCUCCAAUACCCAAGAACCAGGACCAAAUCCCCAAGAAUACGAAUGGCAACCGCCUCCACUAGCUCAGCAAGAGAACGACGACCCUCUCAUCGACGCACUACGGAAAAAGGCCUCAGGGGUCUAUACGUCCCUCCCGCUCAAGUUCAUCAGCGUGGCAACCAAGCGAGUCCGCAGCGGCAGUCGCCGGUCCGCGGACGAUCCUUGGACCGCGGCCGUCUUCCACACGGGCUGGGAAGCUAGGAAGAUGCUUGAGUCGCCGCUAUAUGAGACCCGAGAACAAGCCCUGCGAGCGCUUUCCUCGAUGUUGGCGAAUACGAAGCUGGGAGAGUAUGAAUGGACGGAGUGCCCUGCCAUCGGCAUCUCCAGUGAGAGCAGCGAGGCUGCUUUGGUGCAAGAGAUCAAGCGGCUCGCGUGUAUAGUGCACCGUCACCACACCCCUUCGCACUUCUCGGUUGCGCUUAAGCGCCUGCAACAUGGUCGAAGGAAGGACGCUUCCGACUCUUGGGCCGCGGGAUUGUGGGCAGGCCGUCAUGAGGGGUUUGUGGAGGAGUUCAUGUUGGCUGGGCAGUUGGGGCAGUUUAAUGGUCAGACGAGGGUGGAGGCGCUGACGAGGUUGAAGGGGAAGCUUGAGGGGCAGCGUUGCUGAGUGUGAGAUUGGGGGUGAGGUGCGUAAGGGCUUGGGCAAUUGGAUAUACUUAGGUAGCAUUCUCAGAAUAGUCCAGGGCGCAAUGGCGCUAGUCCGUACCCGGUUUAGCAUAUAUUCUAAGCGAGUGUCGCCGCCCUAGGAUGCCACUGGAUUCCCAC